AACCCUCCUCGCUUCCUUCUGUCUUUCCCGACCACGAUGGACGACCCGACGCCCGACGGCGACUCCUCCCCGGCGGUCCGCCGCAUCCGGCAGCUCUUACUCCACAUCCGCCACCCCUCUGCUCCCUCCCCUUCAUCCGUCGCUGGCGAGGGACAGCUGGCGGCGCUCCCCUGCGGCAGCCGGGAGAACAAGGUGGCGGCGGUGAGCGUGGCGGAGCUGGCGCAGUACAUGAGGGGGAGGCACCGGGAGAUCCAGGAAAGGGUAUUCGAGUUCUUCCGGUCCCGGCCGGACCUCCAGACGCCGGUGGAGAUCUCCACUGCCGACCACCGCGAGCUCUGCAUGCGCCAGCUCACCGCCCUCGUCCGGGACGCCGGAAUCCGCCCCUUCCGCUACGUCCUUGAGGAUCCCUCCCUCUAUUUCGCCAUCUCCGAGGCCGCCGGCGGGAUCGACAUCUCUCUCGGGAUCAAGAUGGGCGUCCAGUACAGCCUUUGGGGAGGCUCAGUGAUCAACCUAGGAACCAAAAAACACAGGGAUAAAUACUUUGAUGGAAUUGACAAUUUGGACUAUCCUGGUUGCUUUGCUAUGACAGAACUUCAUCAUGGCUCCAAUGUUCAAGGCCUUCAAACAACUGCCACCUUUGAUCCUGUCACUGAUGAGUUUGUAAUCAACACACCAAAUGAUGGAGCCAUCAAGUGGUGGAUUGGAAAUGCUGCAGUCCAUGGAAAAUUUGCAACUGUUUUUGCAAAGUUGAUUUUGCCUCUCCAAGGAAUGGGAGGAGGUUCUGCUGAUAUGGGUGUUCAUGCUUUCAUUAUUCCCAUAAGAGACCUUGAAACCCAUUCUGUUCUUCCUGGGAUUGAAAUAAAUGAUUGUGGCCACAAAAUUGGCCUAAAUGGUGUAGACAAUGGUGCAUUGCGGUUCCACUCUGUGAGGAUUCCUCGAGAUAAUCUUCUUAACCGAUUUGGAGAUGUUUCACGUGAUGGGAAGUACACUAGCAGCCUCCCAUCCAUCAAUAAAAGGUUUGCGGCUACCCUAGGAGAACUUGUUGGAGGGAGGGUUGGCCUUGCAUACUCCUCUGUGGGUGUUCUGAAAAUAGCAGUUACUAUUGCUGUGAGAUAUUCUUUGCUUCGCCAGCAAUUUGGUCCUCCCAAGAAGCCAGAGGUCAGUAUAUUGGAUUACCAGUCUCAGCAGCACAAACUCAUGCCAAUGUUGGCAUCAACAUAUGCCUUCCACUUCGCUACUCUGUAUUUGGUGGAUAAGUACUCUGAGAUGAAGAAAUCACAUGAGGAUGAAGCUGUUAGUGAUGUUCAUACUCUUUCAGCAGGCCUCAAAGCUUAUAUCACAUCAUAUACUGCUAAGUCACUGAGCACAUGUCGAGAAGCCUGUGGUGGUCAUGGUUAUGCAGCUGUGAACCGUUUUGGUACCUUGCGGAAUGACCAUGACAUAUUUCAGACAUUUGAAGGGGACAACACAGUUCUUCUGCAGCAGGUUGCCAUAGACCUCUUGAAGCAGUACAAGGAAAAAUUUCAAGGAGGGACUCUCACAGCUACAUGGAGUUACUUGAGAGAGUCCAUGGCUUCAUAUUUAUCCCAACCAAAUCCUCUGACUGCUCGCUGGGAAAGAGAAGACCAUUUGCGAGAUCCUAAGUUCCAGCUGGAUGCAUUUAGAUACCGAACAUCACGAUUACUUCAAACUGUUGCCGUACGGCUGCAAAAACAUUCCACGAGACUUGGAGGCUUUGGAGCAUGGAACAGAUGUUUAAAUCACCUGCUGACACUUGCAGAGUCACACAUCGAGUCAAUCAUCCUGGCAAAGUUCAUCAACUCUGUACAAAGCUGUCCUGAUAAGAAUACACGUCAUGUUCUGAAGCUAGUCUGUGACUUAUAUGCAUUGGAUCGUAUAUGGCACUAUAAUGGAACAUAUCGUAAUGACGACUACGUGGCCCCAAACAAAGCAAAGGCAAUUCACAAGCUGACAGAGUACCUGAGUUUCCAGGUGAGAGGGGUUGCUAGAGAACUUGUUGAUGCAUUUGAUCUUCCCGAUUAUGUCACCCGUGCUCCUAUUGGCAUGUCAUCGGAAGCAUAUGCUCACUACACACAGUACGCGGGCUUCUAGUUGGGAAUGGCAGCACGCCACAAAGCAAGCCAUAUGUAUAAGGGUACUGUCUGAAGAAGCUCCGUUAUCUCUUGCUGAAUAAAAACCACGCAUCAGAUCACUAGUUAAACUAAUAUGGUUUCAGUGGUUUUUAUAUACUUAAAACACUCGUGGAUAAAGUGAUUGGCUGACUUUCCAAUCAAUCAUGUAUGAUAUAUUUUUGAAUACAGUGUAAAUCUAAAGGUUCAUCAACAUAGCGAAUGGAAAUUCUUUUAUCUUUUCCUGACUCA